AUGUCGAAAUUUCUUUAUAAAGAUUUAUCAAACCCAAACCAAAAUUUAAAAUCCAAUAAAAAUGAUGAUAUCGCCACUAAUGAAUAUGAUAUUUAUUGUCCAAACAUUGAUAACUGUGCCAGUUUAAUUUUAAAAACAAAUUCAGCGACUUGGGUUGAACGUUCUAAUGAUUUACUAAAAACACCAAAUCAACAACAAUCAGAUAAAUCUUUUUUAAAAAAUAUAUCAUCAUCUUCUAUUAGUGAUGAUAAUAAUACACAAGGAUCUUAUUGGAAAGUGUCAGAUAUGUUUUCAUUUGAAAAUAUUGGAUUUUCUAAAACAUUAAAUGAAACUGGUGUAAAAUAUUUAUGUUGUGCAGAUUGUGAUUUAGGUCCAUUAGGUUAUCAUGAUACUACUAAUAAUGAUACAAAAGAAUAUUUAAUAGCAGUUGAUAGAAUAAUAUACUAUGGAAGGGUGCCUAAAACAAGAAAGUUGUUUAAAACUUUACAUCUUGAAAAUAGUCUUUAUUAUAUAAAAACAUAG